AGAAUGUAUGGUGAACGGCAAGCGCUUCCUUGUUCAUGUCCUGGGCCUUUGUGAAUAAACCAUGGGAUGUAUUGGCUCACGAACACUCACGGCAGAUGGGGUUCCAGUACAGAAGGAUGGGGAACAGGAACUCUGCUAUAGUUUUCCCUAACACAGCUUCCUCCCAAAACAGCCUCAAUUCCUGCCUUUAUGUCCAGAUAAGACUGAACCUUUUUGUGCUUUAUAUUUUCUUUCUAACACUAAUAAAUUAUAAUUGCCAUCAGUGACAUAAAGGCAAUUAUAAUAAUACACACUGCAAACACAACAUAUUUCCACCUCUGUUUUCUGUCUUGAACAAAGAUUCCCUCUCUUUUCCUUUCCUUCUUCUAUACCUCCUUCAACUUUACAUAUUUUUUAAAACUGCCUUCUUCUGUCACAAUCCCUCUUUCCUUCCUCCUGUCUUCUUUCUAUUGUUGCCAUUCUUGCUGUCUUCUCCUCUUUCCCCAUUCCUCCCUUUCCCCAUUUUCCUUCCCCUCUUUCCCUCAGCAUGGCCGAACAGACUUUUCAUGGGAUGGAAUCAAUGUAAGUGUUGUGAUUAUCAGUCCCUCAUUUUAUCUUUCUUUCUUUGCUUUGCUUUUCUUCAAAACUCACAUUAGAUAGCUUUGGCCUUUCCUUCAUCCCUCAUUGCAGUACCUGUGCUCUCUCUCUCUCUCUCUCUCUCUCUCUCCCUCUCUCCAAUGACUUUGCAGUAACUUGUUGCACUAUGGUAGAGCUUAUUGCUAACCAAAAUGCCACAAACUACACUUCCCAAAAUGCAAGAGGACAGACACUGACCAGCACACUGUUGGGAAAUGUAGUAUUUCACACCCAUGUUAAAACACUAACUCUGUGUCUAUCACCACCUCUCUCAUCACCUCUGCCCUUUCUAUCCCUCCAAAUAUUCAUAAAAUUUCACACUCAAUUUUCCCUAUCCUCUCUGCUGAGGUGCACGUCCUGCUCCCUCACUGUUCCUCUUCUGCUGCACUUUCUUUUUUUCUUCCCAUUCCCUCUCUUUUUCUCUAUCUCCACUAUCUUCUUCCCAUCCAGCUAUCCAUGGAGGACACGACCUCCAUUUUGCCUCGGCUAAAGAAGCGGAAUUCCAACGCCUACAGCAUUGGUGCUCUGGCUAAGUCCUCACUGUCAGGUGUGUCAGGAGUGACUCGGUCUAUGAAGGACAAGGUGACAAAGCCGACAGCCAUGGCACAGGGCCGUGUGGCCCAUAUGAUAGAGUGGCAGAACUGGGGCAUGCAGACAGUGGGAGCGGGAGGCUCCAGUGCUGGCCGGACCUCCACCCGCAAUCUUCAGCACGAGCGCAAGCUGGAGAACGAUGCCUACAGUGACCUUAGUGAUGGAGAGAAGGAGGCACGCUUUGCAGCAGGUGUUAUGCAGCAGUUUGCAAUAUCCGAGGCCACUUUGCUAGCUUGGAACUCCAUGGAUGGAGAAAGCAUGAGUGCAGGCUCCAACCAAGGCAGUGUUGCCCAUCUAAGCGAGGUCAAUCAGGAGAGCAUCACCAGCCGAGACCAGAUAUUACACCAGUCCUCUGCAGAGGUUUGGCCUCACACAUACGUCUCCCAGGGCCUUUACUGCCUCUCUUCUUCAGAUGCCUGGGAGCCAAUCAGCAACGAGCAGUCAGGAGUGGCCUCUCCAGCCACAGGCUCCUAUGUCAUGACUGGUGGAGCUUCCUGUGAUAGUAGCUAUGAUGGAAAUGCUGCGGCUCACUUCCUGUCACAGCAGCAACAGCAGCAGUUCAUCCAACAACACCAGAGCCAAUUACAACAGAUACAGCAACUACAACAGAUACAGCAAUACCAGCAACAACAGAUACUGCAGUAUCAGCAACAGCAACAGAUAUUGGAACAAAGACUCCAUAGUGCCACUCAGUCUUUACAGGCUACACCCAACAGCACCAUCCACAGUCUACCGCCACUCACUCACCCACCCCUGGUGGAUCUGUGGGGGGCAGGGCUUACAGAGACCUACCAGGCAGAAGUAGGUGGGUAUAUGGGUGUGGCUGCAGCCACUGAGGGAAAUCUAACGGCCGCUUCAGAAGACAUGGGAACAGAACACUCACCUUUACUGGAAGCUCAAGAAGAGGAAGAGAUCAAGGAGGAAGAGGUAACGUUAUGCAUGGAACCAGAACCAGUGACUUUAAUUCCUUCUCCAGCUGCACAGAGAGAGGAAGUGACCUCAGCAGGAGGAAGCAGUCCAGGACAGGUCCCUGGGGAAUCAAUCACAGAAUGGAAACCUUCUGAUCUCACACCGUCUGCUAAUGAAAAGCUGGAGGAAAAAGAGGAGGAGUCAGAAUCCUCAUCGGCCAGUGCCACAGCAACAAAAUGAGUGUUAGGAGCAGGAACAAAACUGAUUCUGAUCGACAUUUAAUGCUACAUAAUCAACUAUUUGAACUGAUCCGUCACUUUUCAGGAAACGCUCCUUUGUGAUGGAUCUUCUGUGACUUCAAAUACAAUAAGGAGAAAAUGACAACAUUUUCUAACAAACAUUACACUUCUGAAGAGGAGCACAGGAGGGAGAAAGAGGGAGAGAGGAUAAAGAUAUACACAAAGGGAUUCGGAGAGAUGAGUACAGGCAAAGGUUAAACAAAGGUUACAUACGUGCAUGCUAUUUACAUGGAUGCUACUCAUUGCUAUGAACAUACAAUAAACCAUAAUAACAAAACACC